AGGAUGGCAUUUAUAGCUGCGUAGGCGGACAUGAUCUCGAUGGUAGAAAAAGUGAAAUAUGGUGUUAAAAAAAAAAUCUGUAAAAAGAAAAAAAAAAGUACGACAACUUAUGACGUGGGGGCGUGGGUGGGUGAGAAAAAUACAGACAGCAUUAGCCGUAGCUGUCAAUGAGAGUGACAACAACAAGCGGCGGUGUCUGGCGGCGCUCACUACCCAAGGGACAAGGCUGCCACAAUAACUCAUUGAGGCUCUCCUGUCCCCGGCACGCCCUCCCCUUCACUGUUUGUUGCUGACUUUGGAAAGAUAUACAAUUAUUGACUUGCACAUGUAAACGAUGUCAGUUCAACCCCCGACUCAUGAAGAAAUCCAAAUUGAUGGUGAUGAAGUAGAAGAGGAAGAAGAGGACGAGGAAGAGGAAGAUGAAGCAGAAGAUGAGGAUUAUGAAGACAUUGAGGAGGUGACUCAUGGUAGGAGCCCUGGCAGGGGACUCACCCUCAAGACAUUGGUGAAGGAGGGAGUUUUACAACCUGGCGAGGGACAUAUGACCAUCAAUUACCUGGGGAACAAGUUUAAGGGUGAUCUGCUGCCUGAUGGGAGAAUCAGAUCACAGGAGACAAACAAGAUCUUUGGCACACCAAGUGCAUGGGCCAUUUACUGUAAGAAGAUUGUCAACCCAGACAAAAAGUCAGGCUGUGGCUGGGCAUCAGUGCGCUACAAAGGCAAGAAGUUGGACUCGUACAAGAACAACUGGUACCGCCAGAAAAGAAUUGAAUUUGAGAGAGAGGGAGAGGCUUUGGAUGAGGAGGAGAUGACUGACAGUGACAGCGAUGGUCCGCACGAGCAAGAGAUUGUGGAAUUUGAGAUGAUUGGCAACAGACACCCAAAUCAUGACAUGAACACAAUGGUGGAGCUGACUUCCUUCCAAGCUCUGGGUCGCAUGCAGCCUUUCAAUGUCACCAUGUCCUCAUCAGCCAUGGCCAUGAUGGACAUUCAUGCCCACCUGUCCACCUCAGAGGUUGUGGGAUACUUGGCUGGCCAGUGGGACGUCACCAAUCAUAACCUGAUAGUGUCUCACGCCCUGCCGGUGCGCUGCCGCCUGGGGGACGCAGACAAGGGACGUGCAGUGGAACAAGCAAUCUUCUGUGAAAUGGAAAAGCUCAGUCUCUCCCUUGUGGGAUGGUACCACACCCACCCUUUCUCUCCUCCCCUUCCCUCCCUGAGAGACAUUGACACCCAGCUGGAGUAUGAACUGAAAAUGAAAGGCUCUAAUGAUGCAAGUUAUACACCAUGCAUUGGAAUCAUUGUGUCUCCCUAUGUGAAGGGCGGUGGCCAAGGCUCAACGGCAAGUGGUUUCUGGGUCAUGCCUCCUCCUGAACACAAGCCCCAGGAGUAUGGCCGGCCAAUGAGCAUCCAGUUCACCAUCAUUCAAGACGCCUUCAUCCCCAAGGAAACACUCUACCACCUACGAGAUACUGUUAGGUACUAUAAGGAUUCACCAGACUCAGUUGUCUUCUCCGAUAUCUUCCAAGACCGUUUCUCUUACUGGGACAAACUCAAGACUGCCAUUCGUUUGUGUGUGCCAAAGGACCACUAUGCACCUCUGGUUGACUACUUAGCCAAACUCCUGGAACUGAAAAAUUACACUCCCGAGCCUGUGUUGCCGUCAGUGAAGAUGAAGCCAUCAGUGCCUGGAGCCAAACACCCACACCAGGACACACCAGAAAUCCUCACCCCACCACUGAUGUCCACUCCUCUCUCCACUCCUACCUCUCUGCCCCUCAGAAGCAAAUUCUCUGAUUUGGGACUGAGACACCAUGGGAAUGAAGACUCAGCCCGCAGACCUUCACCUCCCGUCAUUGACGUGUCACCUGAUGAACCCAAACCAGUGCCUGGCAUGAGCAGCCCAGCACCAUCCCAGGGCAUGGAGACACCAACAGGCAAGGGGGAGAAGACUGGUCCUUCACACUUAGAGCUGCAAAGACAUGACCUUUUCAAGAGUAAAGAAAUGCAGCAACAGGAGGUGAAACCUCAGCCACCAGACUACCACCAUACCAGCAGAGGUUCUCCACCACAGUACAAGCAUAUAUAUCCAGAACACAAACAGGAUGUCACACCACAUCAACAAGGUUUCCCUCAGGAACACCAGCACCACCACAAACACCACCAACACCAACAAAGUCCCUUCCACCAUCAACAUCAACAGAAACAGCAUCAGCAAAGUCAGCACUCACACCAACACACCCAACAACAGGGACAGCCCUUGCAGCAGCAGCAGCAGCAGCAGCAGCAGCAGCAGCAGCAGCAGCAACAACAACAACAGCAACAACAGCAACAACAACAACAACAACAUCAUCAUCAACAACAACAACAACAACAACAACAACAACAACAACAACAACAACAACAGCAACUUCAGCAUCAGCAGCCACAACAGCAGCAUCCACAACAGCAAGCACAGCAGCAGUAUGGUGAUCCCCCACAGUACCUGCAAACACCGGCUUUCCAUCAGCACUACCAGCAGCAGCAGCAGCAGCAGCAGCAGCAGCAGCAGCAGGUGGAAGGUAACCAGAGUGAUCAGAAGCGGGAAGUGGAUGAAGAGGUGCAGGAGGAUUACCGAGAGCCUCCACCCAGCUACCACCAGCACCACUUUAAGAUACCAACUGGCUACCAUCAUGAGGAGCACCAGACCGCCCCGCCUCCCUAUCCCAGCGAGGACAUUGCCCGGCCCAGGGAAAGCGGACCCCACCUCUACCAGGACCAGGUGGAUCCUUGGACCCAUGGGGGACUGCAUCGGCAGAAUGACCCCUCCUCAGCGCCAGCUCCACAAGGUAACUCAAGGGAGGUGGAAGAGAUACAGCCAAUGGAUGUAGACUCACAAUCAUAGCAUUCACUGACAAGAUAUCUUGAUUGCAUAUUUGUGUAUCUGAAAUGCAGUCAUACCUUCAAAGGGGAGCAGAGAGUGCUAGGUAGAACUGGUACUUACAUAGUAAGGUGAGUCCGCCAUUAUUGCCAGGAACCCAUUUGUCCUGUUGCUUCUAUGAAGCAGACAGAUUGAAUGGUGUGUACCAGUACUCACUAGAAUCCAGUGAUGUGCAGAACAUUUAGAGUGUAUCCUAUCAUUGUGUGACAAGCUCAUGUGCUGGUGAUGGGUUGGAGUAGAAACAACUUGGGUCUGCUCAUGGUGUUUUAUUGAUAAUUACAUGCUUACUGGUAACGUGGAGGCUUGGUAGUUGAGCGGCCGUGGUGAGGCUUUGGUAGCGGGCUGGCCAUGAUGAGGAAUUAGAGGUCUAAACCACUGGAGUCAGGCGGUGCAGAAGUAGGACUGGCUGUGCAAGGACCACAGCAAUGGGUUACGGCACUGCAGCAAGACAGGGCCAGCCAGAACAAAGACAAACAAGAUGCCAAGCAAGUGUGAGCCCUCUUCCUAAGCUGUGUUAGGAGAGACUUCUCCGCACGGAGGGUCUGCGGAACACCCACCCCCCCAGCACACAGAGUAACAAUACUGCGCGUAAGAAAGUAGUCUGUCUAUCAUAGGUGUUGCGCUCAUGUGUUGACGCUGGAUCAUUUCAAUACGAGACGCUUGAAGAUUAUGUCGUACAGACUCAUGAAUAAUCUGAAAAGAUUUUAGUUGGUUUUUUGCAUAAUCCUCUAAAGAGUAAACUGGUACACGAUGCUGAAGCAAUAGAUCAUAAGGCAAACGUUUCUCAAAGCCAUAAAUGAUAUAAUGAGGUGUUUUACCUGUAGAAGCAUUAAUUAAUACAUUAAUAGAGGCAGCAACAUGUGGAAGCCAAUCCUGCCAGGAAUCGUUAAGUUGACUUACUACGUGACGAAGGACGUCUAGAAUUUUUUUGUUUGCACGUUCCACUAUACCAUUAGAGGCUGGAUGCUGUACAGAGACAAAAGUCUGUGUUAUGUGAUAUUGUUUACAAAUGUUUUGCAAAAUUUCAUUUUUAAAUUCUGUCCCAUUGUCACUGAGCAAAACAGUCGGCGUAGUAUAUGGACAUAAAAGAUAUGUCACUAAAGCAUAAGCAACAGCAUUAGAAGACUUGUUCUGCAAAGGAGCUAACACAAUGUCCUGGUACCGCUGGCACCAUCAAUAUGUUCUGGUGUGGUUGAAGAGAAACACCGGGGAAACUUCCCUGUGUUUAUUGUAGGUUACAAAAUGUACUGGAGGCUUGGUAGCUUGGUAGCGAGUAGCCGUGAGGGAGGCUUGAGAAGUAGCCGGCGGCCAGAGAGACUUGUAGUCAGAGCAGCUAGAUGAAGCUUGUAGCGAGCGUUAUGAUGUAGAAUUACAGUCUACACACUGGAGUGUGACUGUAGACAGUAGACUGUAGAGGUAGACUGGCGGUGCAGGACAGGAGGACCAGUCAAAGAAGGAAGGCAAGCAGAUUGCCAAACGGAGUGGGAGCCUGUUCCUUAAGCUGCGUUAGGAACCAAACUGAGCGUGGCGUCCCUUUGGGUAGCGGAACAAUACACAGCCCUAGUACACCAUACGGUAGAACAUUACAUUACUCCGCGUUAACAAAGUAGUCUGUCUAUGAUAACAACAAGGCGGCUGAAGUAAUCUACACAGACAAGGACGUAAGAAGAACCUUGUCGACUGCAUGGUAGCUGUAAUAAGUCAAUAGCAACAGUCUCAAAAGGACCUGCUGGUGUAGGAUACUCAAGAAUGGGCGCUGUACUAGUGUUACCUUUAUGCUGUGCGCAAGAAACACACUGAUAUACAUGAGUAGUGAUGUCAAGAUGCAUUUUAGGCCAAUAAUAUUUAAGGUGAGCCAUAGCAAGAGUUUUGUCUCUACCUGGAUGACCUGUUUGCUGCGCGUCAUGAACAAAAUGCAAAACUGUAAGGACAAGAGAUUCGGGAAUGACAAUUUGUUGUACUUCAUGGACGUAAACUUGUACAGUACGCGUGAGAAUGUCAUUAUGAAUAUCAAACUCUUUUAAUGAAAUAGGUAAUUUGGGCAAAUUUGUUUCAUCACCAGAUUCUAGUGUGUAAAUGACUUUACUCGAAAUGGGAUCAUUACGUUGAGCUGAUGUUAAGUCCUGGUGAGAAAAAUUAUGAACAUGUGUAACUGUGGCAAUAGCAACGUUACGUGAGAGAGCAUCUGCAACUAGAUUAGCACGUCCAGGUAGAUACUUAAUCUCUGCUUGAAACUGCUCAACUGUUAAGAACCAUCUGGCAAGUCGACCUGUAAGGUUCUUUCCUGAGAAAAGUUGAGUGACAGCAGAAUGAUCAGUAUAGAUAGUGACUGGAUAGUUGUAAAUAAUAUCACGAAAAUGCUUGAGAGCCCACACUACAGCGAAUGCUUCCAUGUGAGUUACAGAAUAAUGAGACUCUGCUGUUUUGAGAACACGACUAGCAAAAGCAAUAACAUGUGGGUGUUGACCCGUAACUUAUUGCAUCAUGACAGCUCCUAACCCAAAUGAUGAUGCAUCGGUACAAAUUGUGAAAGGUAAGGAGUAGUCAGGAAAUGCUAAAACAGGAGACUGUGUUAGACAAGUUUUAAGUUGAUCAGAGCUUUGCUAUUGUUAUGAAGUCCACUGAAAAGGUACAUUUUUCUUUUUAAGCUUGUUCAAAGGAUGAGCAAUAGAUGCAAAAUUCCUGAUGAAUGCACGGUAGUAACUGGCAAGACCUAAAAAUAAACUAACUUGUGCUGUAGUAUUAGGUACUGGGAAGUUUUGAGUGGCUUUAAUUUUAUCUGAGGUAUAAAUUCCUUGGUAAUCCACAACAUGUCCCAAAAAUUCAAUGCGUGAUCUAAAAAAAAUGACAUUUAGGCAAAUUAAGCUUAAGGCCAGCUCUUGUGAAUUUUUGAAAAACUUGAGUUAACUUCUGCAAAUGAGUGUCAGUAUCUUUAGAGACAGGAAUAAGAUCAUCCAUGUACACAAAUAAACCAUUACCAAUGAGGCCAUGGAACAUAGAAUUGACCAGUCUCUGGCAAGUCAGAGGAGAAUUAUGUAAACCCAUUGGACAGCGUAGCCAUUCAUAGUGGCCUGUAAGAAUAGAGAAAGCUGUAACAGGACGACUUUCUUCUGAUAAGGGAAUCUGCCAAAAUGCUGAUUUAAUAUCAAGGGUUGAGAAUACUGUAUUCCCACUGCCAAUGUUCUGUAAAAGCUCAGAAAGGACUGGUAAGGGAUAAUGAUCUGGUUCUGUCACUGUGUUAACUUUUCUAAAGUCAAUGACAACACGAUAAGAGUUGUCUUUUUUCUUUACAAGCAGUAAGGGUGAGUUCCAAGGAGAAUAAAACUCCUGUAUAAUGCCUUCUUGUAGCAUGUUUUGGACUAGCUCAUCAGCAAUCUGUCGCUGAGAAUGAGGUAACCGAUAUGACUGCACGUACACUGGAUGUGUGUCAGGUUUUAAAUCAGUGUGGUGCUUAAUUCUAUUGGUAACACCAAGAGGCUCACCAGGAAGAGCAAAAGCUUCCCUGUGGGUCACAAGUAAGUCAAUAAGACUACACUUCAUAUCAGGAAAGUUCAUGACUUGUACAUGAGGCUCAAGCUGAGAGGCAAUUUCUUCAGGAGAACUUUGAGUAGAAGGCUGUGAAGACACAGCUGCUACACAUGUCAUGGGAUCCUGCAAUGAAGCUGAAUCAAUAACUGUAAAUAAACCCAAGUGAAGUCCAUCUCUAAGGGUGAUAGAGGAGCCAGUAAGGUUUGUGACUAGGCAGAAGUAACAUUACCCUUGUGUAUAGAUGACAAGGUUCCUUCUACUGCAAGACGCUUCACUUUUGAAGUGUCAGGGAGCGAUAACACAAAGGAGUCAACAGGGGCAUCCUUGACACGCACUGAUAUAAUGCAAGCACUUGUAGGGCCUACGUACUGGUCACCAAUAACAACAACUGCACUCAUGCUAGGUGCAGACACAGAACACUUCGAGUCUACUACAUUAGCAGCUGGAACAGUUAGGUGCAUUGUCGAGGAAGACUCUUUGACCCUUGGCAGAGGUGAUUGUUCAAAGUGUGCACGUUUGGAGGUGACUGUUAAAAUAGAUUUGGGAUUGGAUGUAGCAUAGAAAAGUUCAUCCUUAUAAGAAAGUGCAUGAUGUUUAGGAUGAAGAGAAAUAUAAUUUUCUGCAAGUGCAUCAAACCCUAAAAGAGCAUCACGCUGCAAGAAAAAAAUUUGAAACUAUGUGAAAAUUUGCAAAAAAAAGUAGUCAUGAGGGUGAAAAGAAACGGGUAAGAGAACACUUCCUAGAAUGUGUAAAGGAGAACCUUCAACACCUUUGAAGAUGCAUUGACAUGGUUGAAAAGAAAGCUGAUAUAACUGAAACAAUUUAAGAUAUGCACUUUCAGUGAUUAGGCUAAAAUCAGCACCUGUGUCCAUACAGACAGAGAAUGGUGUACUGUAGGUAUAGCAUUGAAAAUUCUGACAGUGAGAAACAGUAGCUAUUAACCCUUAAAAGGUGGGGGGUGAAAUCGGUGGUGUGCUUACAUAGCGGGUAAAUUUCUCACACUAAAAUCAGUUGAGGAUAAAGUUAUGUUAACAACAUAUUUGUAGUGCUUGAAAUUCUGAAUUCAAUGAUGUGCUUGUCACCACAAAAGGAAGCUUCCUAACAAUAUUAUGAAGGUUUGAACCUUUACGCUACCUCCGAGGCAAGUGUCGCACCGGGAAGAAACCCCCCUUGCACAUCCAGUCUUCGAAUAGCCCGCUCUGCUACGCUCCAGGAAAAAACCGCGGGCGCGUCUUUUGAGUAGUCUCUACUACUUUUUCCUCAUUUCAUUUCAUUUUUAUGUCUCCCCGUGCGUAGAUUUUCUUGGAAAGAGAGAGAGAGAGAGAGAGAGAGAGAGAGAUUUUACGUCUCCCUGUGCGUAGAAUUUCUUGGAGAGAGAGAGAGAGAGAGAGAGAGAGAGAGAGAGAGAGUUCAUUUUUAUGUCUCCCCUUGUGUAGAAUUUCUUAGAGAGAGAGAGAGAGAGAGAGUCCUACUCUGUUUAUCAGUUUCUUACGAGGGAGUGUGGGAGGAUUGAGUGAUCCUCAUGUUUCCCAAAACUAUUUUCCUGUUGAUUUUGGUAAAAGAAAGUAUGUAUCAUUGAGAAAAAGUUAUGAAGUAAAAAAACAAGUCAAGUAAUAUAUACAUUUAUUUACAACCUGUUAUUUACAAAGCCAGGGGUCAGUGUCCCACCCCGGGCAGCAAAGCCAGGGGUCAGCGUCCCACCCCGGGCAGCAAAGCCAGGGGUCAGCGUCCCACCCCGGCAGCAAAGCCAAGGGUCAGUGUCCCACCCCGGCAGCAAAGCCAAGGGUCAGCGUCCCACCCCGGGCAGCAAAGCCAGGGGUCAGCGUCCCACCCCGGGCAGCAAAGCCAAGGGUCAGUGUCCCACCCCGGGCAGCAAAGCCAAGGGUCAGCGUCCCACCCCAGGCAGCAAAGCCAGGGGUCAGCGUCCCACCCCGGGCAGCAAAGCCAAGGGUCAGCGUCCCACCCCGGGCAGCAAAGCCAAGGGUCAGCGUCCCACCCCGGGCAGCAAAGCCAAGGGUCAGCGUCCCACCCCGGGCAGCAAAGCCAGGGGUCUGCAUCCCACCCCGGGCAGCAAAGCCAGGGGUCAGCAUCCCACCCCGGGCAGCAAAGCCAAGGGUCAGCGUCCCACCCCGGGCAGCAAAGCCAGGGGUUAGCGUCCCACCCCGCAGCAAAGCCAAGGGUCAGAGUCCCACCCCGGGCAGCAAAGCCAGGGGUCAGCGUCCCACCGCGGGCAGCAAAGGCAGGGGUGAUACUACCUACAGCUCAGGGGAGGUAGGGCGCCAGUAGGUCGUUAUGAAGUCUGUGUCCGUUUGUGUAGCUGUCGAUGUCACUUGUGAGGCAGUGACAACUGGGGUGGUGGUGAGAAUGGUGGUGACUGGUGCACAAGUGUCCAUGCCACAGGCAUAUUUACAACGAAUACACCUCAGGCAUGUUUGUGUGCCUGCCUCACGAGCCGUGUUGGCUUUGAUGGCCAACGGUGUCGCCCCUUGACGACCGCUGGCCAACACAAGCCAUGCCAUUUCUCCAUCCACAUCCUAGAAAGAAACAAAUAGAAAAUAAUAUAAUGUACUAUCAUGAGCGAACACAAAAAAAUCUGACCUGAUAUACGUGGUCAGUGCACAAACACACACACACACACACACACACACACACACACACACACACACACACACAGAGACACAGAGAGAGAGAGAGAGAGAGAGAGAGAGAGAGAGAGAGAGAGAGGGAGGGUGUAGACUUGAUAAGUGUGAGGUCUCGAGAUCUCUCUCACAGGAGAGAGAGAGAGAGGGGGGGGAGGGGCAAGGGGGACUUGAUAAGCAUGUGGUCCCUACAUACAGAGAGAGAGAGAGAGAGAGCUGGGGCAACUUGAUAAACUGAUAGGUCAGUGUCAGAUCACACACACACACACACACACACACACACACACACACACACACACACACACACACACACACACACACACCAACUACAGGGAU